AUGUCGCUCUUUAAUGUUUGCACUUGGUGGUCCACCCAAUGUCCGGAUUCGGGUGAGCAUUACGAUGUGGCAAGUUUAUUGUGUGCUCGCUUUGGCUUGGAAACACAGGAGAAGGACUAUAUAAUAGUCGGUUCGCAGACAGGACAAUUGAGCAUAUAUUAUCCACAUGGCAAGGGUUAUGAGGCCACCGAUUUGAUGCUAGAGACACAGAUGAGUGGUCCCAUCUUGGGUCUUUAUGCAGGCAAAUUCAGUGGUAAUGUGGGCAAUCAAAAUGCCCAACAGUUGGGAGUACUGCAACCCAAUGCCAUUGUUAUCUACAAUGUUCAAGCCGUGAAUGGUCUAUCCGAGCAUGGAUCCCAGUUGCGUCUGCAAUUGGUGGUGGAGCACAAGUUCCAGCGAGUGGCAUUCUCCCUUUGUCAGGGUCACUUUGGUCAGGUCAAGGGAAGAGAAUUUUACUGUAUUGUUCACUUGGAUGGAACUUUAACGUUCUACGAACAGGAUGGCAUAUGCUAUGAGUGUCGUUUUCCUGGCCAGCGUGCUCUACCAGCUCCGGUGGUUUAUUGCCAGCGCACCGAUAGCUUCUAUCGAUUUAGUGCCACCUGGUUCUUGCAAUGUUAUAGCUAUCAGGAUCUAUCCCAUUCGUUGAUUAGUAAAAGUAGCUAUCAACCCACAUGGACACAAAGCAUUGGUGAAGGAAUUAUGGAUAUGAGAGUGGUGCAGGUGAAGGACAACUGCUCGAAUAUCUUGAUAUUGGGUGAACAUAAUUUUAUAUCCUUAGAUGAUAAUGGUAGAUUGAAUUUUAUGCUUAAAUUGGAUUAUGCCCCAAAAUGUUUCUAUAGCUUUGUGGUGGGCUACUAUUGGGAACCUGGAGCACGUCUUAUUACGGCCAUUAUUUCGGACUCAUCGAAAAUGCAUCUCUAUGAAGAGGCCAAUAUCAUUUGGGCGGCUCAGUAUCAAUCUCAUGCAACUGCUCCGGUGGCCAUACAACGCUCGAAUGUCAAUGAUUUGCCCGGAGCCAUUGUCACCCUUGGACCAAAGGGUCUUCUUGAAGUUGGCUACUUGGGAGCGGAACCUUAUCAGUUUCAGGUGAAGCCUCUGAACAUUGAAGAGUUGAGUUUUGCCCAAGCCCACAAGGAAUUGCAACAAUUGGAGGAUGAGAUCAAAGAGGCAGUGGAUGUACGUGAUAUGGAUGCUCUUAAUCAACAGGCAGCGGAUCAAGUGCGUCUACAUUUUAGCAUUGAAUCGAAGAUAGCCGAUGAGGAUUUGGAUACUUUGUUAAUGGAUGUGCCAGCCGAUGUGGCUGUAAAGGAAUUGCCCUCAGCCAAGGGUCUGCUAAGAUUUAAAAUUAAAGCCGAAUUGACCGAGUUGCAAUUGGUGAUACAUACACCGGAUGGAGUACGAUGUAGUCAGGAUACCUUCAGUAUGAUUGAUGUACCUGCUGGUCUCAGUCGUGAGAUUAAGCUGGACUUUUAUAUAUCCGAAUUACUGCACAUUUAUACCACAAAGGUGCAAGUGGUGGCCUCUUUUGUUAGCCCAAGGGGCAUUCCUCGGGUUAUUCAGCAAAGUUCCUAUUUACCUCUGACCAUGUUCUAUCGCAUGUGUCAGCCCCAAAAGGCAGCUGGCAUCAAGUUGACCUACACCAUUACCAGUCGUCAUGUCCAGCCCAAGUUGAGUAACUUUUUUCAUGAAUUUCUUGAAGAUCACAGUGAGAGUCAGGCCUUGGGUUUGCAAUUACUUUGUCCUGGUCACGAGAAACUAAACGAAAUCAUCACCAUAGUAGCAGCUAAGAAUUCAAAUCGUUUGAGAAUCCAAUCCGAUUAUAUAGAGACUUUUGGUAUGAUAUUGGAGAGGAUUGUGGAGACUACAUUGAAACAGGAUACGGCCAAGGGACAUCUACGCAUGGAUAAGAAGAAACCUAAACGGGGCAUACUCAAUCGUUGUGUGGAACGCAUUGUGGCAGUUCCAUUUAUACCCAGUGAACCCAUACUACAUCGUGUGGAUGCCCAUCAUCAGACGCAGCAAAAUAUACGCAAACAGACGGAACAAUUGGAAGAACUUUGGCAACAAUUCAAGACACUGCAACGUCAACUUCAAGAGCUAACUGAAAGCGAACCCAAAGAGGCAUUGACUAUGCAAAUCGAAACCAAUUAUGACCAACUCAUUUUGGAAGGUGACAAGCUAGUGGAAAUACGACGUGAUGAACGCAGACAACGUUCAGACGUAAAUUGCUCAAUUGCGUUGGCCAAGUGGAUUAUUCACGCUUUGAACCUGGAAGAGCGUGUAGUGAACGUUGUUAAUUCCGUUCUAAGUGUACCAAUUGAGGACUGGACAGAAUUGUGUUGGGAAGAAUCGAUGGCUCCUGGCAUAGAUAUGUUGCAUCAUUUUGGACCUCUCACACGCUCCAAAUCCACAUCAACACAUGGCCUCUUGGAUGCCAACUCUGGCACCAAGGAUACCUUUGAUUAUACUCGAUUUCGCAGACAUUUUGCCAGCCUAUUUGAUCGUAUAGUUCGUUUAGCUACCGCCUCAUCCUCAUCCUCCGCCGCAGCCGGCGCUGAUUCAUCCCAAGUUGGGGAGAAGUCAGUUGAGGGAAUGGCCUCAAAGCCUGUUGAUGAAAUAGCCAAUAUGCAAAACAUGUUGGCUGAUGCUUCAGUGCGUCCAAUUGGCAAACUAAAGACCAACAUGAGCAGCUCCCUGGAGGCUGUCGAGGAUGAUGAGGAAUACGAUGAAGAUGAUUUGCAUGAGGAGCCUGGCUACCGUAAGAAUUAUGGACCCACUGAUGAUAGUCAGAAGUCUGGCAAAGACGGCAAAUCUCGCUCCGAAUGGGUAAACGAGGACUUUGAGCUGCCCACCACUGAGGAAUUGUUUAGCGAUUUGGGUAUUUGGUGGUAAGGUAAAGUAACAUAAAAUAAAAUAAAAA